UGUGUAUUUACAAAUCGCCGUUAUGUCAAAGAAGAACAAAGACGCAAAAGAAGCAGAAGAAGAGUAGCUUUUUAACGCAACCAUUCUUUAUGUGUUUUCUUUCAUGUACGAUUUAUAUUUCAUAAUUAUUAAGCGGUAAAAUAUUUUAUAUUUCUAUAUUUUAUAUUUGUGUCGUGAUAAGAGAUUUAAAGAGCAUGUAUAGUUGUUUCCGGAAGUGUAGCAAACAUCUAAAAUUCUUCUUGAGUGGAUAUUAUGAAGCAGCUUAAAUCGCGCCAGGGGUCAAAAACCUGUCAAACCCUCCGAAGAUGUUCGGCUUCUCUCGGCUCUCAGCCGAAGGGAAAGUGGGCGUGGCUACGGGGGUCGUGUUCUUCUCCAUGCUCAUAUCCCGAACCGUGCUGUCGGAGCGCGUGGACAUAGUUACGCGCUCGCGCUUGUUCCGGGCGCAAUUUCUUCUGUUCAUCAACUCCCUGCUGCUUCUCGGCUCGCUCUACAUCUGGAAGCGCGCGGUGACGCGGCUGUGCGGCGCGAGACUUCCCUCCUCCUCCGCCGCGUCGGCGCGCACCUGGUCGCACAGAUGUUGGCGCGUGGCUGUGCUGCUGUUCCUCGCGCUCGCUCACUGCAGCUACCUGAGCAUGUUUUACCUGGUGGGCACGGAACCGCACUGGCUGUCCUUGCUGAGCUUCAGCUGUCUGGGUGUUUAUGUCAUCCUGCUGUUCCUCCUCAUGGUGUUCGGCUGCGCAAGCCGGGUUCUCCAGAUGUUCUCCAAAGGUUCCGUGGUGGCGGUGAGUGGCUCAGACAGGCAGACGGUUCUCGCUAUGGUGAUGACCGCGCUGCUGGCCGUUUACGGGCUGUUAAACGCCGCGCAACCACCGCAGGUGGUGGAGGUAGAGAUUCCUUUGGAGAAACUUCCGGCUUCGAUGGACGGCGUCAAGCUGGUGCUGCUCUCAGAUAUCCACUUAGGACCAACAGUCGGGCGCUCACAGCUACAGCGCAUUGUCACCAUGGUGAAUCAGCUAGAACCAGACGUGGUGGUGAUCGUAGGUGAUCUGACCGACUCUCAGGUGACCCGUUUGAGGACCGCUGCAGAACCUCUGGCUCUGCUCCGACCUCGACUCGGCUCGUACUUUGCGACAGGGAACCAUGAGUACUAUACCGCUGACGUGGACGGCUGGUUCGAGUUCCUGCGCUCGAAGGGGAUAGAACCUCUUCACAACAGUCAUGCUCGAGUGUUCAGACCCGGACAGACGCAGGACUGGAUCUGUCUCGCUGGGAUCGAUGACCUGGAAGCCAGCAUGCUGCGGUAUCCUGGUCAUGGGAUGGAUGUUGAGAAAGCUCUGAGCGGUUGCAGUGAAGAACGUCCGAUCGUCCUCCUGGCUCAUCAACCUCACGCUGCUAAACAAGCGCUCCAGCAAAGACCAGACAUCAACUUAGUGCUGUCAGGUCACACUCAUGCUGGUCAGCUCUUCCCUCUCAUGCUCCUGGCGUUCCUGGUGAAUCCGUACUUCUGUGGACUUUACCGCAUCUCGGAGCACACCACCAUCUACGUUACUCCCGGAACGGUUUAUUACGGCAUCCCGAUGAGAAUCGGCAGCCGUGCAGAGAUCACACAGAUCACACUGAAAUCUGCCUGAGUGCACACACACACGGAUACACGUUUUAUUGAAUGCUAGAAAAUGCUACUAAAAUAACAGCACUUUGUGUUUUAAAUAAUUGGUUUAAAGUUUGUAUUAAUCAUAACCCAUAAUAUGAUGACAGUCAGAACAAUUUGUUGUCUACAUUUAUCACCACAUUAUAUUCAUUCAUCUUCAGUAAUUUGUAAAAGGCCUAACCCUACAUUCAUGCUAGCAAGCGACAAAGCCACAGGCGAUCGUUCUUUUUCUACAUACAUACAUGACGCAGUGUGCGAUUUCAGAGACAAAGCAAAUUGAGAUUUUCUAAAUUAUAUGCGAAUUAGGUUUGGUACAGUAAAGAAGCGGCAGAUUCAAACGGCUCAAAUGAGUCCUCGAACCCAAUAAUUGGCGCUCGUGGUCUGGCGUUUCUUCAGUUCCAUGUGCACAACUUUAGUUCCUACCUGCAAUUAGUGUAGUUGGUAAAUGAGACCUUUAGCUGUACUCGUGUUCGAUGCUCGUGAAUCGAAGAGGGCUUUGGCUGAACGUGCAUUGUGAUGACGUCACCUGACGUGUCUCAGCUCAAAUCUGUGGUAAAUUUUGAAAAAAUUGCGAGGUCUUUUGAAUAUUGCGGCGUUUCUUUGAUUACGCGUUAAUAUCUGCGAUCGCUAAAUCCUGGAGGGACUGACUUAUAAGUGUGGUUUCAUCCUCUCAUUAAAUGUGUAUAGAGAUAUUACAAAGAAAAAUAAAGCUUAGAAGGGUGUAGCAUUGAUUGUUGGUGCAUCUGUUGAGUGUAUGGUACGGUUAGCGUUAGUACGGCUUAGUACUAAGUGUAUGGUACGGUUAGUACGGCUAGCUCGUUUUGCUAAUCUAGUGAUUUGUCACUUGAUAGUGUGAAUGUAAGGGAACACGGCGGCGCAGUGAUGGAGUGCGCAGUGUUGCUGUCUUCGAUCCUGAGCUCUGUGUUCUCCUUGUGGGUUUCCUGCAGGUUCUCCAGUUUCCUCCCAACUCCCAGAAACAUGCUUGUAGGUGAAUUGGUGAUGCUAAAUUGCCCGUAGCUGUAAAUGUGCACGUGUACAUGGUGUCCUGUAACGAACUGGCAUCCCAUCCAGGGUGAAUUCCCACCUCACACCUAGUGUUCCCGGGAUAGACACCGGAUCCACUGCGACCCUGAGCAUGAUGAAGUGUUUACUGAAGAUAAAUGAACAACCAUUUGAAUGUCUCUCACAUCAUACAGUUUCAUCAAAUUUCCAUUACUUUACCUUAGAUAAAAAUGAAUGGCAAUAACAUUCCAGUAAUUUGUGUUAGAAUGAGCCCGGAUCAUUUUUUAGGAUUACAGAAUGUUCUAUCAGUCACCGACGCUAUAGUGAACCACAAAAAGUACCUUUUAUGUUGUCACACACAGGCCUAAUUCUUGAAUCGGGGUUUCUAGUGUGUAGUUAGGAUUAUGUGCCAUUGGUUUGAUUUGUAGGAUAUGGUUAUGGUUUAUUAUUGCUGACUAAUUAAACAAUAUUCAAGUAAUUGACUCAAUUUUCUGAAACAGAAGGCAGACUGCAAACACCAGAGCAAUAUAGACACAUGGACAAACCCUUCAAAUGCUUCUCAGUAAGGGUAGUUUGGUGAUUCCAGUACCAGAGCUUGUUAGCUAGCCGGUUAACAUUAAUAUUGGCAGUGAAGAUUUACGAAUAAUACCGGUUUUAGACCGUAAUUUCAGCUGCGUUUUUAGAUUACUCGUCACAUUGUACGAGAUCUUAAUAAACUCUGUUCUGAAUUCUGUAACACACUGUGUGAUAGCAUGAGUUCUCCAGAUUAUAUGAAGAAGAUCCUCUAACGAUAGACCUGCGAUUAAAUGAAACCACUAUGUACAACACUGCUUACGUCAUCAAUCAGCGUGAUACGGAAAUCAUAAGGUGUUUUUCUGUCUAUUAGCAAGUUUCAUUCAGGUUUCUCCACCACCACUACCGUAUCUGUCCUGUGAAUUGGGUGUCCUGAUGUUGAUGAAUUUUAUACACGCGUCGCAGCAGCACUCACACUGUUAGAACUUUGUCGUCAGCCAUCUUUGUUCUCCGUGGCACUAGAUCAUGACAAGUUCAUACUUGACAUUUUGUUCCUUUUAUGACCUUUUACUGUGUUUUAUAGGCUACAGUACGGCAUUUGAACUGUAUGAAUGUAGACUCCGCUAUUUUUAAAGCAGCACAAAUGAGUUUCCAGUGUGUGCGACCUACUUAAUUUUCCAAGUUCAUAAAUUUUAAGUGUGGAUGAAGGAUAGAUUUUAAACGAAUGUACAUUGUUGUUCAUUUAAAUGUGUCUUAAGUUAAAAGGUAAUAAAGUUAAUAGGCCCUGGGAAAA